CUGGGUCAGAGGCUCCAAAAAACAAAGGAUUUAACCUGCCUGGAAUCACCUUUAACCUAGAUUGUUUUAAAAUACUUUGACUGCAUUUUCUCCUACAGCUGUGGACUUAUUUUUUCUACUUUAAUGAAUCCUGAGUCCAGCCUGCAAAACAUGUCUGUAAAUUCAACAAUUGACCACUGCAAAGCAUCCAGUGAUGUCAUAUACAAAGUCCUGUCCUGGGUGAUGGUUGGACAGUUCACGCUGGGUCUGCCUCUCAACCUGACCGUCCUCUACAUCUUUGUCUUCAGGUUCAAGUUCUGGAAGAACAAAAGCAUCUUCCUGUUCAAUAUUGUGGUUGCUGACUUCUUGCUGGUGGCCUGUCUUCCUGCCAAAGCCUACCACUACCACCACGGCCAGAGACGCAGCCCCAACAAAACCUUGUGCAAGACCAUGCUGUUCAUGCUGUUUCUGAACCGCGGCGCCAGCAUCGCCUUCCUCAUCACCCUCUCCCUCGACCGCUACUUCAACGUGGUGCAUCUGGGGAGGAGGAACUUUGUCAAGGUGCUGAAGAAAUCUCCUCAGGUGUCCAUCGUCAUCUGGCUCUUCCUGCUGCCCCUCACCAUCCCCACCAUGGUCAAGACCUUCGAGUGCUGCAACAGCCACGGACGAACGGUUGAGACGGUUUUUCACGAUGUGACGGACACCUUCAGAGAGGUGGUCUACUUCGGCCAGAUCGUCAUCCCGUUCAUCAUCCUGGUCUUCUGCACGGUGCGCAUCGUCAACCGUCUGAGGAGGAAGACGGUCGGGGAGAAGACCAAGCUGCGGAGAGCGGUGUGCGUGGUCAUGUCCGUGGUGGUCGUCUUCUCCAUCUGCUUCCUGCCCUCCACCAUCGCCAGAGCGGUGCUGCUGGCCGUCAGGCUGCUGAAGAAACCGGAGGCCAUGGAGAACGUGGCGACUCAGGUCUACGACGGCCUCAUGGUGCUGUCCUACAUCGACUGCCUGCUGGACCCGCUGGUCUACUGCUUCUGUAACUCAGGGUUCAAAGACGCCUACGUGUCCACCUUCUGUCCAAAGUUUCUUCAGGAGAAACUGCAAAAUACUGACUUCGGCUUGGGAACAAACACAACUACUAGUAUACCGAUAACAACGGCGACAUCGUCCGGGGGUAGAAAAGUUUCUGUGCCGUUACUAGAGCAAUGAACGUUCUUUUAUCUUAGUUUUUAAUCACUCUGAGGUGUUUCGUCACCAUUAAGCCUCAGCCACACAGAUAGAAUAACCAAUUUCCCGCCCACAAAAGGUGUUUUCAGCCACUCUUUUAUGUGAAAAUGCCAGAAAGAACAUAACAAAUGCCAUUUAAACAAAGGCUGAAAGCAGAUACUGCCCAACAUCACGCCUCCUCUUUAGAAAUAGUCCUCUGUGACACAAAACCAUCAUCAUAAAACAAUCAUUUACCAAAAUUUAGAUAGAUGAGGGUUUAUUUGGAGCAGUGUUUUGGUCCAGAUGUUCAACUCUAUAUGUACA